GCCACAAGAAUCAAUAAUUUUAAAUAGUUGAUAUAAAAGUAAAAGAUAUGAACAUAGAUCUACGCAAAUUGUGCCGCAUUUGCUUUGUAGAUAAUGCGGAAGUAGACAUAACCCAGCAUAAAGUAGUAACAGCGGGUCAAACAAGCGAAGCGGAAUCCGAAGAUGAGGAGCAUACAAUAUGUGAAAUAAUGGAGGCUAUGUUUCACAUCUCACUGGAUUUAUCCACAGAGCUACCCAUGAUAUGCAGAGCAUGCCUCGAGGAGAGUUUAGCUCAUUUUGCGUACUUUAGCAAACUGAUGAUAGCCAACCAACAGCUGCGGCAGCUCUACAACGAAGCACAAAUGGAAAAGGAGCAAUUGGAGCUGGAGAUGGAGGAGGAUAUGCAGCUGACGGAGGAGGAGCAUCAUCCGCUAGAUCAGCAUCAAGACCUUGAGCUUGAACUUGAACAGGAGCUAGAGCUGGAGCAACAGCAGCUGCAGCAACAGGGGCCAGUGCAAGAGUUAGAGCAGCAUAUUCUUUUGGAGCGACGGCCCUCUCAGCGUUUGGCCAACGAGGAUUCGUUGAUUGUUUCGGAAUUUUUGCCCGCUACUGAGCUAGAUGUGCAACAGCACGACAGCAUGUCGAAUCAGUUCUCCCAUUUCUCCAGCUACGAACUGCGCACCCUCGAUUAUGCAGCCGUAGAACUUAAGCAUGACAAUCUAGACGAGUACAAUGAGACCAACCGUCUGCUGGACACCGAACCAAGUGGCAGUCAGGCCAUAUACAAGUGCAAAUAUUGUCCUUUGGCAUAUGCCUCGCAGCAGUUCCUAAAGACCCACGUGCGACGGUCGCAUGUGUGCAAAUAUUGCACAACAGCGUUUGUCAAGGUGAAAGACCUGAAUGCCCACAUCCGCGCCAAGCAUGCGAAUAGCCACCAAUGUGUUGUUUGCUUGAAUAGCUUCAGCACCAGCAGCAAUUUGCGUGCGCAUUUAAAACGGAUGCACGGCGUCCAGCUGCCCGCCCAGGUUGCCCUGCUCGACUAUCGACCAGCGCAACAACAGAAGCUAACUGAACUCGGCAUCGAUGACCAUAAAUAAAUCUCAACUUUGGU